GGGGGGGGGGGGUCCCUCCAUCUGUGGCUGCCCUUUCUGUCCAGUGCCCCUGAGGCGCUAAGCUACCUGGGUCCGCUGGAGGCCGCGCCAUGAAUGACCGAAACAGCCGAAGGAGGACACGUGAGGAAGCUGGGACCCUGCCCCACCCUUGGUCCCACCACUGCCCUGCCCAUCCCUGCCAUUUCCUCCCCAGGGCUGCUGUGGUGGGGGGCUGGUCUGAGGUGCCUGGGGCCUGGCCUGGGGUGACCCCUGGCCUCUCCCCUCCAGUGAAGAAAGACGAUGAGGCCUUCGAGAUCUCCAUCCCCUUCGAUGAGACGCCCCACCUAGACCCACAGAUCUUUUACAGUCUGAGCCCCUCUCGGGGGAACUUCGAGGAGCCUCCGGAGGCCGCAUCCCCGACCGUGGCCCUGAUGAAUGGUGUCAGGGCCCAGCUGCACAUGGCUCUGGAGAGAAACUCAUGGUUGCAGAAGCGCAUCGAGGACCUGGAGGAGGAGAGGGACUUCUUACGGUGUCAGCUAGACAAGUUUAUCUCCUCUGCCCGCAUAGAUGCAGAGGACCACUGCCGGGUGAAGCCUGGGCCCAGGCGGAUUGAGGGGGAUGGCCGGGGUGGGGCUGGGGGCGAGGCCUCAGACCCUGAGUCAGCGGCCUCCUCGGUCAGCGGAGCGUCUGAAGAAGGCAGUACCAUGGAGAGGAAGAGGCAGAAGCAGAAAGGAGGUGCUGGCCGGAGGCGCUUUGGGAAGCCCAAGGCACGGGAGAGGCAGCGGGUGAAGGAUGCAGACGGCGUCCUCUGCCGCUACAAGAAGAUCCUGGGCACCUUCCAGAAGUUGAAGAGCAUGUCUCGGGCCUUUGAGCACCACCGAGUAGAUCGCAACACGGUGGCGCUGACCACGCCCAUCGCGGAGCUGCUCAUCGUGGCCCCGGAGAAGCUGGCGGAGGUGGGCGAGUUCGACCCCUCUAAGGAGCGUCUGCUCGAGUACUCGCGCCGCUGCUUCCUGGCCCUGGACGACGAGACCCUCAAGAAGGUGCAGGCCCUCAAGAAGAGCAAGCUGCUGCUUCCCAUCACCUACCGCUUCAAGCGGUGAUCCUGCCCACCUGGCCCAGGACGCGCCCGUCGGCCCCCACUUCCCCCCCUCCUGUGCCCCUCCUGGCACCGAGCGAGCGUGUGCAUGAGUGGUGUGCCCCUCCAGAGGGCCUGGGGUGUUUCUGCGUGUGCCUCUCCGGCUCGUGCAGACCCCCACUCCCACCCCGGGUCCCCUGUAUGUAGAUCUGGUCCCCUCCUUGCCUCUCACGGCCCUAGCACCCUCCCCUUCCUCCGCAUUCCCUGGGGAGGGGCGUCCACAUAGCCAGGCUCCCAAGAGCUACCGCCCAGGGGUCGGUUUCUGCCCUUUCCCAAAUACUGGCACCCCUCCCACGCGAGCUGCACCGUUCUGCCCUCACCGGCCCUCCCUCCUGGGGACACUGCGAGACUCUCUGCGGGGCCAGGCACUGUACAUACCCCGUCUCUACCCCCAGCCCCGAGGACAGGCUGGCCCACUCUGCCAGGAGCUUCGGACGAGAAAAAAUUAUUCAGAGAAUUUAAAUUAAAGAGAGACGAUAAAA